CGGGGCUUCUCAGCGACUGUCAAGGAAGUGGCUGUGUGACCGCAGAGCUCCUGCACGCUGUCUGAGCUCGUCCACUGUCGCCAGCAUGUCGAAAGACACCGAAGAAAUUCUGGAGGCCAAGGUGAUGUGGUACCCGGACUCAAAGAAGAACACGCAAAUGGAUCGCUUCAGAGCGCACAUCAACAGGGCCUUCGCUGUCAGUUUGGCAAACUACAAUGAUCUCUACCAGUGGUCUGUUGAGAAUUAUCCCGAGUUCUGGGCUGAGGUGUUCAAGUUCUGUGGCAUCACCUGCUCGCAUAUGUAUGAGGAGGUGGUGGACCACACAAAGAGAGUAUCUGAUGUUCCUGAAUGGUUUAGGGGCUGCCGAAUGAACUACGCUGAAAACCUUCUGAAGCAUAAGGAUCAAGACAAAGUGGCUCUUUACUCAGCAACUGAGGCCCGUGAGGAGAUCACCAAGGUGACGUUUGGAGAGCUGCGGAGACAUGUCGCCUUGUAUGCUGCUGCCAUGAGGAAAAUGGGAAUAAAGACCGGGGACAGGGUAGUAGGUUAUCUGCCCAACAGUAUUCACACGGUGGAGGCCAUGCUUGCAGCUGCCAGCAUUGGGGCUAUCUGGAGUUCUACCUCCCCUGAUUUUGGGGUCAAUGGUGUCCUAGACCGUUUCUCUCAGAUCCAGCCCAAACUUAUCUUCUCAGUGUCUUCUGUGGUGUACAAUGGCAAGGAACAUGAUCACAUGGAGAAGCUCAAGAAUGUAGUCAAAGGGUUGCCUGAUCUGGAGAGAGUGGUGGUCAUUCCCUAUGUGCGCACAAGAGAAGAAACUGACAUUUCCAAAAUACCCAAUAGUAUGUUUUUGGAGGAAUUCCUAGCACUCGGGAAAGAAGGAGACCAGGACCCACAGCUGGAGUUUGAGCAGCUUCCCUUCUGUCAUCCACUGUUCAUCAUGUACUCUUCUGGCACUACGGGAGCCCCCAAGUGCAUGGUUCAUUCUGCCGGGGGUACCCUCAUUCAGCAUCUGAAGGAGCACAUUCUCCAUGGCAACAUGAGCAGCAGUGAUGUCAUCAUUUACUACACUACGACUGGCUGGAUGAUGUGGAACUGGUUGAUAUCAUCCUUAGCUACUGGUGCUUCAGUGGUUUUGUAUGACGGUUCUCCCCUGAUGCCAUCCCCCAAUGUUCUCUGGGACCUGGUUGACAGAUUGGGGAUAACCAUCUUUGGGACAGGGGCAAAGUGGCUAUCAGUCCUGGAAGAACGGAACCUGAAACCAUCUGAAACACACAACCUGCAGACCCUGCACACGAUUCUGUCCACUGGCUCCACUCUCAAACCGCAGAGCUAUGACUAUGUCUACAAACACAUCAAGAGCAAUGUUCUUGUGGGAUCCAUCAGUGGUGGAACUGAUAUCAUCUCCUGCUUUAUGGGCCAAAACUUCACAGUACCAGUAUACCGGGGGGAGAUCCAAGCCCGAAACCUGGGGAUGGCAGUGGAAGCCUGGAGCUGUGAAGGAAAGCCAGUUUGGGGGGAGAGUGGAGAGCUUGUUUGCACAAAGCCAAUGCCCUGUCAGCCAACACAUUUCUGGAAUGAUGAUAAUGGGAGCAAAUAUCAUAAAGCCUACUUCUCAUCAUUUCCAGGUUUCUGGGCACACGGAGAUUACUGCAAAAUCAACCCACAGACUGGAGGAAUAGUCAUGCUGGGAAGAAGUGAUGGAACCCUGAAUCCCAAUGGAGUUCGGUUUGGAAGCUCUGAAAUUUAUAACAUUGUUGAAGCAUUUGAGGAAGUGUCUGACAGUCUCUGCAUCCCCCAGUACAACAAAGAUGGAGAGGAAAGAGUUAUCCUGUUUUUGAAGAUGGGGCCGAAGCAGAUUUUUUCUCAAGAUUUAGUAGGCAAAAUCCGGACUGCCAUCCGUGUUGCUCUUUCUGCUCGCCAUGUACCAGCCCUCAUCCUUGAAACCAAAGAUAUUCCGUAUACAAUAAGUGGGAAGAAGGUUGAAGUGGCAGUAAAACAGAUUGUGGCUGGUAAAGAGGUGACACAGCGCAGUGCAUUCUCCAACCCUGACUCUCUGGAUCUGUAUAAGAACAUUCCUGAGCUGCAGAACUUUUGAGGAUCGGCCGUGUGGGGAGAAAUCCUCAGGGGUGGUUAAGGAUGGGGUGUGAAGGACUGUGGACAAAAGUGGGAGUAUGUGGAAAAGGAGGGACGGCGCACCGUGGAGCAUUUCAUCUCAGCUGGCAUCUUGAGGUGACCCUGGAAUUUCACUUCUCAGAAAUGGACUUUCAAAAUGUUGUUUGAGGUGGAGGCACUACAUCUUGUUUGUUAUUUUAACAUCCAGGACAGUCACAAAAAAGGGACAACAUAUAUACAUGUAUACAUACUACAUAGGCUUUAAUUACUUCAGGACAACAAGUGACCAUAUAUAAAUAAAUAUAUAUAUAUAUAUAUAUAUAUAUAAUAAUAUAAUAUAUAUAUAAUAAUAUAAUAAUAUAAUAUAUAUAUAAUAAUAUAAUAUAUAUAAAAUAAUAUAAUAUAUAUAAAUAUGGCCAUCCCUGGAUGUAAGAAGCCAUUGUGAUUGUGUACCCUCACUUUCAGAGGCCAUUGCUGACUUUGCUAAUUGCUGUCAGCCAUUCUGUUAAGUAGCUUCAAGAAACAGAUUUUUUUUCCCUUUCUGUCCUGAACCACUGAAUUCUUGUGAGACAUUCUGCCUUCUGCCAGCAACACACCUGAGAAAAGGCAUGAGAUAUUUAUAAAUAUGUAUUUUUUUCAUUUCCCCAGUGCUUAGAUGGAAUAACCACGUAAUAAUUGAAGGCCCAUUCUUUGCCAGGCUCACCGUCAUCCAGAACUGAAUAUAAUUAUUGUGUUUUUUUUCUUGUUCACGGAAACCCUCGUGUCAACUGGUUUAAGUCAGACGUAUUUCCUUUGUACGCAAAGAAUAUCUAAUGGUUUUAUGUAUGUCGUUUUUACACUUGAGACCACAUAGUCACUUUGCCAUCCCAUACCUGCCUUCAAACAGAAAAGAAAACCGGGGGGUAGCUUUCCAAGCAGUUUAUUUCUUGCGGAGUACAAGUGCUAAAGCCUUGGUAAAGUGCGGAGUUUUGCUGUGAACACAUUCCUCCUGAAGUGAAAGACGAGACCAGUGAAAGUUAAUGCAUUGUAACCUUAAGAUCAAAAUGCAAUUAAAGAAUACGGGGCAGGGGAGUUGCUCAGGGCAGACAGACAAGAAGGGGCCCAGAUUUGUGCUUCAAGUUUCUGACCUUUCCCAAAUUCUGAGUGUUUACACGUUUACAAAUUAGUAUUAUCCAGAAAGCAAUCUGUCUUUUAGUGCCCAUAAAGAUCUUCAGGCUCCCCGGGUUCAUUAGCUUGACCCGUACUGAAGGUUACCCAGUAGCUGAAUGACAUUGUGACCGAUUGAUGCUUAGGGAGGCGCACACUGAGUGGAGUGAAAGGCUUUCCAUUGAUUGUCUUGUAUUUGUUCAAUUACCACAUCUGUCUUUUGAAAUCAUGUAGUUGUUCUGUGUCUUUAAGACGUCUGUACACUGUAUGGAACUUUAGGCUGCCUCAGCUCUGGAGUCAGCUUUGCUUUCCCUGUGUUAUAUGAAUUUGAUAAAGGCAUCUAAGGGAGGAAGGAUCAAAAUAACCUUGGCCUAACUGAAUGUGGGCUGCUCAGGGCUUGACCCAGUUUGAACUUACCCACUUUGGACUUGGAGAAGAAAUAUGAAAUAGACAAAGGUUAAGUGGAUCUAAAUCACACUGGACGUUAGCCCAAGCCUGCCUGAUCCACAGUAAGAUGAAAGUAACCUGCCUAUACCUGAGCCAAUCUACUGAAGCUUGAUUACUGAGAAUAACUACAAAUCUGCCCAGAAGCUGAACCCUCCUAAAGUGAUUCUACGUCAAGGCCACUGUUUUCUGUAUAACUGUACUGUAUAACUGUAUAACAGUAGGAUCGUGCCAUGACUGACUGGUAAGACCUACCUGGGUAAGUUCCACCGGUAAGACUCAAGGCUGUAGGGAGUGACACCUGAAUUAAUCAGUUUCUAGGCUAGGAGUCGAAGCUUGUAUUUAUUCAUGAGUAACUGUGUGAGAGUCAAGUAAGUGAAAUUAAAUGGUUCAAAAAUCAAACUACAGGGGUUGACUAGGAAGGGUCAAGGUUACUCGAACGGCUCUGUGACUACCAGAGAAAGACAGAGCGGUACUGGACCAGCACAGGGCUGCUGCCUUUUAUUCUGUAUUGUCUUUGCAUGUAUAAACCAUCCAUUCCAUUGAAUGUCAUCCUAGUUAGGGAUGAACAUCAUAAUAUUAAGAAAAAGGAAUCAUUUUAAAUGGUGUAUGUAGAAUGUAUUAUUUUUUUAAGGCUCACAUUAUAUUCUUAACAAAGUAGAACUAUUACUGUACUGGUUUUAAAUGGAAAAUCACAGUUUAUUUAAAGUGAAGGUGUUUUCUGUGUUUCUGCAUUUUGUUACUAUAAUUGUGAAUGAUAUGUAAAGCUUGUUUAUUUUUAAAUAAUUAAUUUAAAGAGUUGGAAGCACUUGCUAUAUAUUUGUCAAGGAGGCAAUAAAGUAACUAAAGUCUAAA